AUGCCUGCUAUGAAGAAGAAUGCUGAAUACAUUGGGGUUGGGCAGAUAUUCAGUAAAUUAGUGAAGGAGAUUGGAAGUCCUGUUGAUUUUGAACUUCCAGAAUCAUAUAACAAAUGGAAAUCUACUUUCUCCUUCAUCAAACGCAAUGUGUAUCUAACGAAGAAGGUUAAAAAGCGCUCGAAGGAUAAUGAUAGCUCUUGUUCCUGCAGCUCAUCAAAUGGAUCUUUGGGUGUUUGUGGUAGAGAUUGCCUCUGCAGUAUGCUGUAUACAUGCUGUUCCUCUAGCUGUAAUUGUGGGACCUCGUGUCUGAAUAAGCCAUUUCAGCAAAGGGUUUCUAAGAAGCUGAAAGUUGUUCAGACUGAGAAAUGUGGAAUGGGUGUUGUGGCAGCAGAAAACAUCAGUAAAGGAGAUUUUGUGAUAGAAUAUGUUGGAGAAGUAAUUGAUGAUAAAACAUGCGAAGAAAGGCUCUGGAAAAUGAAGGGCCGGGGGGAAACAAACUUUUAUCUAUGUGAAAUAAAUAGGGACAUGGUGAUUGAUGCCACUUACAAAGGAAACAAGUCAAGAUACAUUAAUCACAGUUGCUGUCCAAAUACCGAGAUGCUCAAAUGGACAAUUGAUGAUGAAACAAGGAUUGGGAUAUUUGCAACCCGAAAUAUUAAAAAGGGCGAGCAUCUGACCUAUGAUUAUCAGUUUGUGCAAUUUGGUGCAGAUCAAGAUUGCCAUUGUGGUGCUGCAGGUUGCCGGAAGAAGCUGGGUGUAAAUAAAUCCAUUAAACAGAACACACCUUCUUCAGAUGCUGCAUUUAAAAUAGUGGCGCACCAAGUGGCUAUGAACUUCCAGAAAACGGAAGUUGUCUUAUCAAACACAGCAGUCCGCAUAAAUGGAGUUCCAGGUGUAGAAGGUCCUGGCCACGAUCCUUCUCAGCAUAAAAGAAGGCGCAAUUGCGUAGGUGCAAAGGUGUAG